UCUAAAACAAAUGUUGGAAGGCGCCGUUGUAAUUAAUUAUGGCAUUAUUCGACAGGCUUGCGAUCUGGAUGGGCAUCAGAAAGAAGGAAAUUAAUGUCCUUUGCAUCGGUCUUGAUAACAGUGGAAAAACAACGAUAAUCAACAAACUGAAACCCGCCGCGUCUCAGGCGCAAGACAUUGUUCCAACUGUAGGAUUUACAGUGGAAAAGUUUAUGUCACAAAGCCUCACCUUUACAGUUUUUGAUAUGUCUGGUCAAGGAAGAUACAGGACUCUAUGGGAACACUAUUACAAAACUGCACAAGCAGUAAUAUUUGUGCUGGACAGCAGUGAUCAGCUAAGAAUUGUGGUAGCCAAAGAGGAGUUAAAUAUUUUAUUACAACACCCAGAAAUUGCUUCAAGAAGAGUACCUAUUUUAUUUUUUGCUAAUAAAAUGGAUUGUAAUGGUCUCUCACCAGUGCAGUGUUCACAAGCAAUGGGCCUAGAUUCUAUAAGGAAUAAGCCCUGGCAUAUAUGUGCAAGUAAUGCUCUCACUGGAGAAGGACUCUCUGAUGGAGUUGAGUGGCUUGAAGAUCAGAUUCGCUCAGGAAACUUUUCAGAUCAAAGCGGGAAACGCAAAGGUCGUUAACCUUGCACUAUCUAAGCACUAGGAUUUCAAGACCUUCUACAAAUUAGGAAAAAGGAAGUUAAGUUACUUGUACUAACUGUAUAUGUUAGUGCACAAAUACAUAUGGUUGAUCCUAUCAUUUUCGGUACGGAUAUGUAGUCCUUUGAAGAGCUCCUGUUAUAUUGUUAUGUAGCCAUUAUGCUUAAUGUAUUUUCAAUUGGUUCUCAGUGGCUGUUCAAACAGAAGAGCUGCUCUCAUUGCUUUAUGUAUGUACAUACUGUUACUGGUAGUGGUUAUCAAUAGCAAUUGUCAGUGAAUGCAAAAAACAUGUUAACUUAAGUCAUGAAUAGUCAUAACAAGUGAUUGCAUUGAAGCAUUACAAUCUGAGGACCUGUAAAAAAUGGCUUCCACAUAUGGUUGCUGGCAAUCACUGUUGGACAUACCCAUAGUAUGAUAGAUAUCAUUUUUAAAGCAGUCAUGGAACAAUAUUUUAGGGUUUUCCUAGCUUUUAAAUGUUAGCUGUGUAACUGAUCGUUUCUCAGAAUGAACAAGCACCAAGGCAUUAAAUCCAGAAGGAAAAAAGAUUCACUAAAGAUGGGGAAUGUUAUGGGUCACUAAAAUCAGUUGCUAAAAAGGUACUGAACUGCACUUGGGGAAUGAAAAGUUUUGCCUGAAUUUUUCAACUUAAGAUGCAUAAACUGUGUAGAAUUUUCCAGUGACUGUAAAUGUACAUUCCAUUAAAAUAAAUUCCUUUUUGUAAAA